CUCAACAGUUCUUUCAUUUAUUUUAAGACUCCUAAAUAAUAAUAUUUCAAAAGUAGUGAAUACUAAAAAUAAAAUGAAUAAACUCUUCUUCACUCUAUCAAACAGUAUUGCUAUGGAAGCUGUUAAACUUAUAAUAAACCCUAAACUAACAAUCCAAACUUGUUUUCUGUGUUUCAAACAACACGAAGAGUUGCGCAGUAUCUAUUCAGACCUGGUCAUUAUUAAAGACCAUGAAGAAUUCACGGUUACAGUAUUUACAAUGGUGUCUUACUUAUUCUCUUUACAAGAUACAGUAUUGCAACAAGUCUGUGAUAAAUGCUCAAAAAUAGUCUUAAGUAUGUAUAUUCUUGUACAAAAACACACAUUAAUGAAACAAAGUCUGAAUAAUAUAGCUACAAACUUGGAAAAAGAGAUCUCUGGCAUAAAAAAAAUUGACCAAAACUGCUAUUUAAGAAUACAUACUGAUAAGAAAACAAAGGCAAUAAAGAAGGAUAAAAAAAGAAAUGUAAUUUUCAAGACUGAUGCAUGCCAAAGAUGUGAUAUGACUUUUGAAUCUAAAGACCAGUUACUAGAGCACAAAAAAAUUACUCACAAAAAUGCCAAUGAAGCAGUUAUUUGCCAUAUUUGUGGAAAAAUCUGCAAAACACCAAGUGCCUUAAAAGCUCACUCAAACUGUCACAAAGAAAAACAGUGUCCAUACUGCUUGAAAAUGUUAAAAACUCACUCGCAUUACAAAAAACAUGUUAAAAAUCAUACUGCAUAUACUAAACAGAAGCAUAGUAAUACAAAAUACAAAUGUCAUACAUGUAAUUUCGUAAGUCUGAGCAAAGGCACUAUAGAUGCGCAUAUAAACAAAGUUCAUUUAGGAAUCCGACCUUACACAUGUAGUAUAUGCGACAAAGGAUUUUUCAAGAAAGGCAAUUUAACAGAACACAUCAACAUUCAUAAUAAAGUAAAAACUGAAACAUGUGAAAUUUGUGGCGACAGUUUUGUUAGUAAAAAAACACUUUUUGAACAUAUCCGGUUGCAUAGAAACGAAAAGCCAUACAGAUGUGAAAUGUGCUCGGAAUGUUUUGUAACAUCCGGAAGGAGAUCGGACCACAUUAAAAGAAAACAUAUGGAGAAGAAGGAACGCUGUUUAAUUUGUAAUAAAAUGUUCAGUUUGAAGAAUACACUGAAUAGACAUAUGAAGAAAAUGCAUUGGCAACAAUGCAGUGACAUGCAUGUGUCUGAGUUUGUUGAAACUGUUAAAAAUGGUCAAAACAUGGAUAUGAUGUCUAUUUCUUGAAGGUAUGCUUACAGGAAAGCUAGUUAAUUUAGAAUAAAAACAGAUAAUAUAGUAUGUGAUUCGGAAUGGUAUGGGUACUAUGGAUGUUUAAUUUCAUUAGUAUGUACCAGUGAAAUGCAUUGCAUACCUGGGGGCCGAUUUUUGAGUCUCACUGUCACUAAAAUACCGGUUGAAAACGGUGAAUUGCCUACUAUUUUCAGUGACAAUUUUCUGAAUUCGAAUGAGAUUCAAAAAUCGGCCCCCUGCUCUUUCUAUUUUUAAUAUUUGCUAUAAAUAUGAGUAUCUACUACACACUGUGUAGGUAUGCUACAAAAUUUGGCUAGGCACCAACUUCAAAAAUAUGAGUUUGUAACGCAUAUGCGUACCUACUUAAAAAAGUAUUAAAUUUUAUUUGAUUGU